UUGAUGGUUAGGUGACCGGCAUUGAUGUUGUUGAAAAUAAUCUGUAGCUAGAGCCAAAAUUGUCCAAAAAAAUCAGCGCGACGUGACUUUUAUUAUAAUAUCCAGUGAAUUGAUUUGUUCAUAACGCAGUUAUGCCUUCAUUGACGUCUUUGCCUACUUGUGUGGUGGAUUGUGGAACGGGUUUUACGAAGCUGGGUUUUUCUGGCAACAAAACUCCUCAGAAUAUCAUUCCAACUGCAAUUGGUAUCAAAGAGUCAGCGGGCCUAGGCGAGGCCUCGCGAGGAAUUUUGGGGAGAAAUGUCCUAAGUGAUUUGGAUUUUGUCAUAGGAGAUGACGCUCUCUCUAACCCCUCCUAUGCGGCCAAGUAUCCAAUCAAACAUGGAAUCGUGGAGGACUGGGACCUCAUGGAGAGGUUUCUGGAGAGAGUCAUCUUUAAACAUCUGCAGGUGGAUCCUGCCGAUCACCCGUUCCUGCUGACGGAGCCUCCUCUGAACACUCCCGAGAACAGAGAGUUCACGGCCGAGAUUAUGUUCGAGUCGUUCAACGUGCCCUCGCUCUACAUUGCAGUGCAAGCAGUGCUCGCCCUGGCUGCCUCCUGGCUACACAGAGCGGACAACGAACGGGCGCUCACAGGAACUGUGAUUGACAGUGGGGACGGAGUGACACACGUGAUCCCGGUAGCAGACGGCUACGUUAUCGGAUCCCUUAUCAAACACAUACCCAUUGCGGGCAAGGACAUCACUCAGUUCAUUCAGAACCUGAUCACAGAGAGGGGAGGGGAGGGAAUCCCACCCGAGAUGAAGAGAGAGGUGGCCACCACAGUUAAAGAAAAGUACUGCUACGUCUGCUCAGACAUUGUCAAGGAAUUCAACAAGUUUGACACCGACCCGGCUAAGAGUUUCAAAGUGCACGACGGACUGAACCCGGUGAACAACAUGCCGUUCAAGGUGGACGUGGGCUACGAGAGAUUCCUCGGACCAGAGAUCUUCUUCCACCCGGAGUUCGCCAAUGCAGACUACACCACUAGCAUCAGUGAUGUUGUGGACAAAGUCAUCCAGAGUGCACCUAUAGACAGCAGACGUGGUUUGUACAAGAAUAUUGUGUUGUCGGGAGGGAGUACCAUGUUCAACUACUUCGGUCGUCGUAUAGAGCGAGACAUCAAGAAAAUGAACGACAAGCGAUACGAAGAGACUCUGAAACUAUCCACUGGAGACUUCAAACCCACGCCAGUAGAGGUUCAAGUUAUUUCCCACUCCAUGCAGAGAUACGCCGUCUGGUUUGGGGGAUCUAUGGUCGCAUCUAUGCCAGACUUUCCCUCGGUAUGCAAAACAAAAGCCGAGUACUUCGAGCACGGACCGAGCAUCUGUCGACACAUCAACCCCAUGUUCGGACAAAUGUCGUGAAUGGAAAAAUCGAGAUAUUUGAAUUGAAACAAAUCAGAACUGGAAAGGAACUAACCCGUAUAUUAUGCAGUCAUGCUCGUGAUUCAAUGACUGUGUGUAUAUCGAUCCAAUAUUUAAUAUACACUUAAAUUGUACAAAUUUCUAAGUCAUACUGGACUUUGUGAGGUGCUUUAUUUUCGCUUGAAUUUGAUAUUAUGAAACUGCGCUUCAUAUUAGAGUUGUUUAUUUUCUAUGUCUAUGCCAUGAUUUCUAAUUUUUCAAAAUC